AUGCUAUUUCUGCCGUUUGUUAUAUUUACCAUAGUGUCACUGUAUCUAUGUGCAUGGUUCAUGUAUUAUCUCCAUGCCGAAAACGAAGCUGGAUUGUCACUGCCCUUCAACCCAAAUAAGGUGCUCAAAGUCAACAUGGUGCUAUUCAGUCAUUUUACAGGCUGGAUUGGUUAUUUACCAUUGAUUGUGUCUUAUUUACAUUGGCGUUACUGGAAGAUUGGGUCAGAAUGUUUCAAACAGAUAGUCAGCUUGGAUAUACCUUAUCACAACAACACAACACUAGACGUCUAUCACCCUGACAAAAGACAAGAUGGCAGUCUAUCCCGCAUCAUUGUAUUUGUCUAUGGCGGUGGCUGGGGAUCAGGUUCCAAGAUGAUCUACUCUACACUGGCAAAUACACUGCGGGAACUGGGCUAUGUCGUUGUGGUGCCUGAUUAUCGCAAAUACCCCGAGGUCAAGAUCAACAGCAUGUAUGAGGACAUUAGAGCAUCCAUUAAAUGGACACACAAACAUGCAAGUGAAUUCAAUGGCGACCCUGAGCAAAUAUUCCUUAUGGGUCAUAGCGCUGGUGCACACUUGGUGUCUCAAGUGGUUUUAUCAGACAUUGUCAAUCAAGUGAAAUACGACGAAAGCCUCACCACACACUCAUCGCCCACAUCUUCUCCUCAUGUAAGCGAAAAGCACGAUCCAUCCAAAACGACCAUGACCAUCAACAACAAUAAUAACAACAAGCCUCACGAUUUCUUGCCUCUUGUGGAAGGGCUAUUAUUGUUUGCUGGCGUGUAUGAUAUUGCAGCCCAUUUAAUACACGAAACAUCAAGAGGCAUUGAGGAACUUUCUGUUAUGGCCAGAGUCAUGGGCUGCAGUCAAGAAGGAUACAAGGCGAAUUCGCCUAUUCGUCUCAUUGAGCGUCAUGCCGACCUCUUUUCUGAUUCAGAGGAUUUGCUGGAUUUGUGGCCUAGAAUCUUGUUUUUGCAUGGUCAAAAGGAUACCACCGUUGGCAUGGAUCAGUCUGCCAACAUGUUCAAUACCAUUGGAAAGCUGUUUCCUCUAGAACGUCGACAGGAAGUGGAUGUCAGAAUGCGGUUGUAUAGACGUAUGGGACACGGUGAGCCUGUGCUGGCUUUGAUGUCCAAUUUGUUUUCUACAAACACAGAUCAGAAAUCAAUCAUAAGAGAUAUCCAGGAAUUUAUUGAUAUUUAA